AUGGAAGACUCCACCGUUUGUACUUUUCGCUUAUCUGCAUCCGAUCAUUUUUUUGGUCUGAGCUUAGCUAGGAAGUGUGUAAAUUAUGCGAUUUGCCACAAUGUUCAAGAGCUUGAUAUCUCAUGUAUUGUUGAGAAAAGCUUGGAAUUUCCUCCCACCUUUUUCACCUGUCAAUCUAUAAGAGUACUCAAACUGAGGAAUUGUGAUGGGAAUAUGAUUAUACCCAAGUCGUUUUCUUUGCCGGCUUUGAAGACCUUGUAUUUGUACCGUGCUUCAUUUAUAGAUGACGAUUGUUUAUCUAACCCUGCAGAGCCUUUCUCGAGGUUUCCAAACAUAGAAAGGUUGACUUUGCGUAACUGUCAGCUGUCAAAUUCGAUUAUUUAUGCUCCGAAAGUUAGGUACUUGGAGAUAUUGUUUCGUGGGCAUCGCCCUAUGUUCUCGUCUGAAUCAAAGAUAGUGCUUUCGACACCAAGACUCAGUUCAUUUAAGUUUACAGGUCAAGUAUCUUUGGACUGUUUCAUCGAGGACCUUCCUUGUCUAGACAAGAUAUAUGUUGACCUUUGGACAUCUUUUGAGGAACCAUAUACAGAUGAAGUCAAGGGAAGGAUGCCGCUCAAUCUGAUCAAGAUGCUUGGACAGCUCCGAAAUGCAAAGUCUGUUACUUUAUCCUUGGAUACUCUUGAGGUAGUGCUUGCAUAUUUUACGUUUUCAUAUACUAUGUCAAUGAUUUUAAUCCUAUGACAGUAUGCUUAGAAGGAUGUAAUGCUAAAAUUUGAAAACUAAUUCCAAGUUUGUUUGCCGAGAUGGAAGAUGUUUUUUCCCUGACAAGCAACUGUUUUAUUACCUAUUCAAUGAUCGUAGUGAUACAUGUAGAAGAGAUAAUAGAUCAAUGCGUGCAUUUUAUGAUAUGUUUUAUUUACAUUGAAAGAUUGGAGGCUCGACUGAACAGAGUCGGCAGCCUACUUCAUCAGUACAUGUACUUCAAAACUUAGAAACUGAUGUAAACGCCCAGCAUGGAUGUAUGUGUUGAUUUCGAUCUAUGGACUAACUUCUUGAUUUUCCUUUGAUCAUAUUCAACUUCAGUGCCUCACACUACUUCAGAAAUGAUUUGCACAUAAGAUUUUCUACACUUCUCCAUGCAUUACAUUCCACAUCUACAGAUUUGUAUUCUUCCUAUAGUGUUUGGACUCUGGAUUUACUGUAUGUUAUAGUGCAAGGGAAUUUAUCUCUACAAUGCACUGCCAUU